AUGGCCACCUCCUUGUGCUCCAGAAUUUUCCUUCAAUCUCAAAAAAAGCGGCUUAUUUUUACUUCUGCAAUAUUACCCACGUUCAUAAGCCCAUUUCUAUGUCGUGGUCAUCGUCUGGGUCCAAGUGAUGAUGAGUUGUACCAAAAAACAACAGUGUCCAUAAUGAAGAAGGAGCAGGGCAGUGAACUCAUGAUUCAAAGCUACAGCUCCAGGGGCUUCAACAUUGAUGGAAACCGUGUGUUUGGGCCUUGUGCAAUACUACCUCCAGCCAUUCUGCAGUGGAAGGUUGGAAGCCAUAACGACAUAACAGAAGAAAGUGUGUCUCUUUUCCACAUGAUUGAACCUAGGAUAGAGAUUCUUGUUUUGGGAACUGGUGCAAAAGUUGAACGUAUUGAACCAUCAGUUUUGGCAUUACUUAAGAAAAAAGGCAUCGCUGUGGAAAUUCAAGACACGCCAAAUGCAUGUGCAACAUUUAACUUUUUGACGAGUGAACGAAGAGUGGCAGCUGCUGGUCUAAUUCCACCACAACAGAGCACUUCAUUGGAUGUCAUAAAUGAGUAA